CGACUUCACAUCAUACCGAUGCUUCGAUAUGUGUGGUGGGGGUCAUCUUUUGCUUGAGUUUUAUUACUUUGUACAUCUUUUGUGCGCUGCAUUCGAAGCAGCGCAACAAGGCAGUCGAGGGUUUCGCAUGCAGGGGCCACGGUGCUUGGUUUUAUAACCUAAGCAGUUCUUUGGCCUCAGAACGGGCGAGGAAAACCUCGCUUUUCCCCAAGUGUGUGGCGCGCAAAUAAGACAAACGGUGUUUUUGACUGUAGAUUCCAAAGUUAUCGGGCCCAUCAGAGGGGAGAGUGCUGCCGGGUGGACCCGCCCGCUUCGUCGAGAAAUGUUUUAUUCCAAGGGAGAGCGGUGAUUUUCUGCCUUUCGUCAAACACUUUACGUCCUAGCAUUCGCCCGCUCCUAAUCCGCACACUCCUAUUUCGACUGUGACAAACUGGUGCGGCAUUCAUCUGAUUGACGUGUGAAAAACCUGUCGGUCAAGGAGGAUUUGCGGUGUGCUCCUGGCGACUCUUCCACGCAACAGCUCAGCUCGUCCACUGCUCCGGGUCUGAGCCUAUUUCUUCCACAUCGCGUAUUCUCGUCAGUAUCAUGUUGUUAUUGUUUCGUCCUGAUGGGGAACGUCUGCAACUUUUGCCGAAAUGGACGUCGAGCUGAACAGGGGAAGGAGCUGCAGACAUCAGAACCAGGAGCGGGAGCCGCGUACCCAUCGUGUGGCUCCGAUGCAUCUCCUGCCCGUCGACCGAGUAGACGUCGCAGCAAGGGAAGCAUCAAAGGAGUCGGAAAAGGGCUCAGUUUUCGGCCAUCUGGAACAGCCUCCGGCUUCUCCAAUGGCACGCCCGGAGGUGGAAAAGAAUCGGAUGGAUCCAAGAGAACUAGUAGUCCUUCCUUGCGAUCCAGCAGAACUCUGGCGCCUGAGGAAGAAGAUCAGCUACGGUCCUUCUAUGAGCGCAACCUAGUUGAACAAGAGAGACACGUGUCAUACAUUUUGAACGAGGAGGCGAAGUUGCGGCGCGGAAAGCCGUACUCUCGUGUGCCGACGCUGCAGGCCGGAGAGGGACCGGAGACACUUGUCCCUGUGGAUCCAGAAGAAGUGAAUGAGGCCAUGGCGCGGUUCGACGUCUUCAGUCCCGAUGAAAGACAGUCACGAGUUGAUGAGAUCCUCGAAAAAUAUGUAGAAGCUCAGGUCGAAGGGUGCGAGAUGCAGUCGGCACGAAGUUCCGGCGGCCUCGCCAGUCCCGGAUCGUCGAUGCAUGGGUGACCCCUCUUUUAUUUGCAACACGCUGUCGUCGUCGCACACAUGACGCCACAAAGAGGGAAAUGCUGCGAAACAAGUAUUUCAGUUCACCAGUCCACUGAGCCACUUAGGUGUGUGUAGCCCUCUCAGAGAUGCUACACUGCGAAGGUGGGAGUCUGCUAGCGUGCUCAAAAAAAGAGCUGCUGAGAUGUCAUGUUUACUGUUGGUAGCGGAUUUGGGCUUGUCUUGACGUGACGCCACUUGCUGCUGCAGCCAGUGAUGAGUCUUUCGCUUGCAGUUCUGCGUUCCCAUCAGUCUGAAAACACUUUUGUUUGCCAGGGAGUUGAUUUCAUUCGAUGGCUGUGUGUGCCACCCGGCGCAAUCUGACGGAGGAGUCCAGGUCUGUCGCUGGCGUCUUCAGAAUUAGGCAGUUAAACGUGCAGAAGACCCGGACGUCUGUUGUAUAUUGAUUCAGUCUCAAGGUAUCUUACACCGAGGGUGUUUGUCGCUUUGCUUGAGGUUUUCGUGUUUUCCGAAGUGGUGCAGUUGGUUUGUGAAGAGCGUCCGCCAGUGUUAUUGUUCGUCCGCGCCGGAGACUAGAGAUUGACGAUGUUUGCAUCGUGGUAUUGGUAUUUCGUCGUUUUAACUCCGCACGCGUUGUGAAGGCUUAUGGCUGCUAGACAGGCAGGCUCAUCGCCGAAGCCCGAGGCUUCGCAGCGAUCUUCGGUUUCCCCCGAUUCUCGCAAGUGGUAUGGUCGGUAGCUCCAAAGGUGCGCCGUUUCACGACUUGCAUCCUGGGAGACCUUGUCCGUUUUCACAUGUGUCAAGGCCUUCUACAGAAAGGUUAUUUGUCUCAGCCGGAAAAAUUUUCCACAGCUGAUUUGGAGAAGAGUGGGAUCAUCCUUGCGACACCAAAUGCGCGAAGGCGGCGGUGAGCUUAACUCAAAGUCGUCGUUUGCAAGAGAGUACGAUAGAGGUUUGUACUGGUCAAACCUCGUGUUACAGUACAUAGUGCAAAUCGUGCCCCGCCCCCUUCUGAUGGAAGGCAGUAGAGAACUACAAACUUUUUGGCAACAGCUUGGACCGUGCAGAUUCCAAGAUUGCUGCAGCGGCCGUCAAACUUCCGAGCGUCCGGAAGUCUUCCUUUUCAGGAAAUGUGUAUUUCUGUGGUUGACGUGGCUUUGUGUGGACGUACAGUGUCUGUCAAUCUGGAGAAUGGCCGGAUUUUUCAGUGGGAAGACAAUGCGAUUUUUCAAGAAGCUAGUAGGCGUGGGUCUUGCUGGGAGGGAGAAAGGUUUCCUUGCCGAUGUUUCGGUUCACAUUUCCAUCCAGGUUUUCUCUGUGUAGCGUCACAUGUCAUUCGUGAAAGAACUGUCUCGCAGAGAGCGACCCAGAUCUCCCAAUGAGAUCCUGGGAGUCUUUCCGCAUCUUGUGGAAGGAACCGUGUUAUUGAACCAACGGAAAUCGUGUAAUUUUCACGUGGUAUUCAGAGGUAUUUUGUACGCAGAGUCCGUACGAUUUGCUGGAAAUGUCCCAGUGAACAUUCAGGAAUGCCUUUACAGUUCGGCGCGUCUAAUACAUAUGUGAUUCUCCGCGGUGCCUUGAAGGGUGUGUAUCUGUGUUUGUGUGCUUCAUCACUCACAAAGUAUUUCAUGGCAUAUUCGAGUUGAGUACGAGGACGCUUUGACAAGCCAAAACUAAUCCCAGAA